GCGCGAGCAUUGUUCGGUCCGGUGUGGAAGUUCCGCCGCUGUCUUCACGUCGCGUCGCGUUCCGCGUACGUUCGAGCACGCGUGCGCGCGCGCGCACGCGAGAUAUCCCGGAAUCUUGAAAACGAACGAGGGCUGUAAUACACAUCGCGGCGCUCGGACAAAGCCGUUGUAAGUUGUAAGCCGCCACGCGCAAAUAUUAGCCGUGCCUCUCGAGACGGGGAGAAGAUAGCGGCGGACUGUACUCGGACGACCGCGAAUGAGAGAAAGAAAGGAAGGAAGCUCUCGCUGACGUUUCGAGUGUUUGACGUUCCCAGGUAAACGCGCUCCGCAAAACGCUCCGUGUUUGACGGCAAACACAACGGCGGACGUACGCUUGUCUUCGGUCGGGUUCGAAUUCCGCGAGUGAUACGGGGAAGAAAGAAAGAGAGGAGGGAGAGAGAGAGAGAGAGAGGGAGAUAUUGUUUACUGCCGCGGUGAUACGGCGCUCGGGCUUCCGCGAAUUCCGAAUCUCGUCGCGUGAGGCGCGAUAGAAUCCGUUGGCGUGACGCGCGGCGUGAAUUCGAAUUCGGCUCGCCGCCAACUUCGCGCGAUUGCGCGGCGGAGUUCAGGCAGUUCGCGACGCGACGCGACGUUCGCGGGAUUCGCGAGUAGAGUGUUGUGUCUCUCGGUAGACGCGGGGGGAAACGCAUGACGCGGACUUGCGGGUCGUCCGCGGUACGUUACAUUGGCAUUGUUGUGAACUCGUCGCGAGCCUCGAUGGCGCGACGGUGCGCAAAUUGUGAGAACGUAACGAGGUGCGCGGUGAAUCCGACGCGGUGUCGUUCGUGAAUCGCGAACUGGGUGAAUUCACGCGCGAGAGGCGAGUCUCGCGGGAUCCCCGAUACUCUCGAACGUCGUUGUCCCGGUAUUUGGAUAUAUCGGGCGAAUACUCGCGAGUGUGUCGGAAGUGUGGAUCGUUUAAACGUAUCGAGAUAAAGUGGUGCAACGUAUGACGAACGCGAAAAUGAGAAUGUCGACGAGCGAGCUGCAGGCCGUUAUCGCGCUCGCGAUACUGUCGACCAUCAGUCUCGGCAAUGAGAUUAAGGAUUACUGCUCGAUACACAAGUACGACAAUUUGCCGGGCGGCCUGAGCUUCACGAAGGAGGUCGUUACCAUGGAGUACGCGAACGUGGGUGCGUUCAAGGCUCUUCACUGCUGCCUCAGGGGAUACAGGAGCAUCGAAUGGUACAAGGAUAACAGGGCUUACCCUUGGCCGGGCGGCGAGAGCCACUUUAUCCUGUAUCCCGAGAGCGCGAAUCAAACGAUCUACACGCAAGAGAUGAGAGCCUCGGAUGCGGGACGGUACUCUUGCCAGGCACGUAACGACACAACCACUUUGGAGGGCGACAUCACUCUCUCUGUACUCGAUGAGGAGUCCGGGGUCUACACGGGAAAACCUUUGCCCACUUACAGACCGACCUCGCAGUUGGUGCCCCUGGGAGGUACAGCGAGGCUCUUCUGCGAGGCUUACUUGGGCAAGGUCGACUUGCCCGACGCCAAGAAUUCCGUCACCUGGUCGAAAAGCGACAGCAACGUGACACUGCCCAGUCACGGUAGGAUAGCACAGCACAGGGUGUCCCGGGAGAAAGAUCAAAUAAUCGGUUCCUAUUUGGAAAUCGGGGACGUCACUCUCGAGGAUUAUGGCGAAUACAAAUGCGAAGUCAGCAACGGCGUCGACGAGGAGAUGACAUUGGCUGCUCACGUGUACCGGCAAGAGCCACAGUUCGUAUUGAGCCUUCCGAAUGGAUCUUGGCGGAAGUCUCUUCUGCUGGCAGUCCUCGUUCUCGUGCUGUUACUAUCAGCUGGCGCAUUUUACGCGCGUUGCUGGCUGCCACUUGCACUGUUUUGCAGAGACAAGUUCGGUCGCCUCGAGGAAAGCGAUGGGAAGGAAUGCGACGCCCUGGUGUGCUACCACGAGAAGGACUCGAGCCUGGUGAUCGGUAUCGUGAUACCCACGCUGGAGUCUAGACAUCGGUACAAGUGCGCGGCGCUGGAGUUGUCUCAGCUGAAUCACAAUUGGAGCCUGGAAAUCAGUCCUCACGCCAACACGGCUCGACGAAUCGUCGUUGUGCUCAGCCCCGCUUCCUUGGACAACAUCUGGACGGACGCGAGCGUCGGCGCGGUGUUGAAGCAGCUGUCGUCGCUUCCAACCCGGGUGAUCGUCGUCACGUUGAAGAGACUGCCGAGUACAACAGCGACAAUCGCGAAGCGAUCGCGGCGGGAUCGUCGCGACGCCGAUAAUACCUCUUUCGAUCGGCUAACGAUCCUGUCUUGGCAGGACGGCGGCGGCGGUGGCAGUGGCGGCAAUGGUACCACCUUCGGCAGUGGUGGCCGCAAGUUCUGGUACAAACUGAGGCUCGCGAUGCCGGCGAUGCGGCCGGUGGCGUCCGAGCCCGCCUGCCAAUCGGUAGCAAUGAUAGUGCAGGCCAACGGCAAGUGCGGACAGCAAAAGGCACGUUCGCGCGAGAGUCUGGAAGUCCUCGUCUAAAGGCACCGUCACGAGCUCAUCCUCGACCCGAGGUUCCCGUGAGAGCAGUGUCUCGACCGAUUUUUACACCAAUUCAAUUGCCAAUCUUCGAAUCCCGAGGCGAGGGUCUCGAGGUCCCGUAAUCGCGUCCGCGCGAUCCUGACCCCGAGGAUCCCGCGAGAGAAAGCUUUCGCUUUUGAUUUGAUAUCGACUCGGCGGAAGAAUUGCGAGGCGAUUUCGACUUCGGCGACUGGACUCGGCGAAGCCUCAAAAGUCUCAGGAUCUCCCUUCCGUCUCGAGAAUCUUGCGAGAGGAAUCUUUCAUUCGUGAUUUUCGAAGAAGGCCGCGAGGCAACGUCAAUUCUGAUGGUUCUAAUUUCACGCGGAGGCUUCGAGGCCUCUGUUUACUCUUGCGAAUCGAGAAUCUCGCUACGAGAAGUACGAUCGUCGUCUUUGAUAAGAGGGAAAAAAUCGCGGCUCUUUUUCGAGCGUUUCGCUCGCAAAGUCCGAAACUCAAGAUUGGAACAUAGAAUAAUUUUGCUGAAGUAUCUAAAAACGACCCCGCACAGAAAAAGUGGCUUCGGUCGAAUUGGCUGGAACUGUGAUAUUUUAUAGAUUAUGAAAUGCUGAUCAAAGUUUCCUUAGGCAAAAUCAUAAAAAACGACCAGAUUUGUCUGCGGCACCAUUUGAAAGUUGCUAUUUUGAAUCUAAUUGGAUUGAAAGGUAUUUUUAUCUACUGUGAUGUUGCUGCUCCGGCUUUGAUUCAGGACUGUGUUUCAAGAUCGACAAAUUUAUCGGCGCACAGUUAACUUAAAUUGAAAAUUGUAUAAAUUUACAAGAAAUUAUUAGGCAGAACCGCCUCGACCGAAUAUGGUAUUUUUCACUUAUGUGUGUUUAAUCUCA